AUGGGAACUGAGACCAUGAGUUGGAAAAGUCUGUGCCAGUUUGAUAAGACGCCACAGAUUACAGUAAAGUCAGAUGAGGUAAUGACCAAGAUUGGUAUAGUAUCUACAGUUGAUAGAUGGCAGAUGAGUGAUUUGAUGGAACCUGGUGUUGAGAUGGAGAUUCUAGAUGAGUAUUUUAAUUCAUCUACUCCUGCCACAAUAACUGCCAACAUUAACUCUAUUCCCAUGCUUAAUGGGACAAAUUUCAAGGCUUGGAAAGGAAAAUUACUUGUAAACCUUGAUUGCAUGGAAUUAGACUAUGCAUUAAGGCAAGAACAACCUUCACCUCUUACUGCAGAAAGCACUCCUGAUGAAAAGAUGGAGUUUGAGAGAUGGGAUCGUUCUAAUCGCAUGAGUCUAAUGAUCAUGCAACAAUGCAUUCCAGAAGCCUUCGGAGGCACAGAAUCUGAAGAGAUCACUAAGGCCAAGGAUUUCCUCGAUGCAAUUGAAAAACGUUUCGCUAGAAAUGAUAAGGCUGAAAUGACUUCACUUCUGGCUUCCUUGAUGUCCAUGAAGUAUAAGGGUCGAGGAAAUGUUAGGGAGUACAUUAUGGAAAUGUACCAAAUUGCUUCAAAACUUAAGGCACUUAAGAUCGAGCUUUCUGAGGAUUUUCUUAUUCUUAUGGUUUUGAUAUCGCUUCCUGCACAUUUUAAUCAGUUCAAAGUCAGUUAUAACUGUCAAAGGGAGAAAUGGACUCUAAACGAGCUCAUUUCUCAUUGUGUGCAAGAGGAAGAAAGGUUGAAGCAAGAUAAAACUUAA